AUGCCCACUACCGCCGCUAUUCAAGUACAUAUUGAUCUAAGUACCCUCAACCUCGUCCCUGUUGAACCCACUCCUUGCCCAUAUUAUGAAGGGCAGGAUUUCGCCACAAAGGCCAUUGCCGCGUACGAACAAAUCCUUCUUGCCCUCGAUGAAGAAGAAAGGGUAGAAAGCUUAGUCCAUGCUUUCUAUCUGGGUGCGCUGCUCAGGAAAACAACCCGAAAACAACUUACUGAGCUACGAUCAAAAAUGCCUCGCCACUACGUCGAUGCUUCCCUACGAUUGCAUCAGCUUUUCGAACCCCUGGGUGUAACACAUAUGUAUUGCACCACAUGGACGACUAUCAAUAAAAUAAAAAAACUAUCGGCUGACGACUAUGACUG